GCCCGAGAGCCUAAAGUCUCCUCGUUUGUAAAACGAGGCCUGGCCUUUAAGGCUCUGAGGUUUAGCCGUUUGGCUUCCCGCGUUCAGGAGCACCCUUUCCUCAGUGUGGACAACAGACUGGGUGGAGAACCCCUUAUCACCGUUUCCCGCAGUGUUUCCUGCCACGCUGCCUGCAGCCAAGGGCAGAACAACUUGGGGUUUUCUUUGAGACUUAGUCUUGUGAGGCCCCAUUAAUUAAGCCCUCACCUCCCUGAGGCUAGUGCUAACCGUGAGGCGCUGUUUUGUUUUGGUGUCUGGAAGGAGGGAGACACAAACUCUCUUUGUAGGGUAAAGGGCUCACUGGUGCCGCGAGGUCCCGGGCGCUGCCUGGAGACUGGGCUGGGUGGAAAGGAGUUAAGGCAGGAAGAGUAGGCGUGUCAAGCCUGAAAGGCUCUGUAUAGUUUUGCUGUGGGCUGUUUUGGCCCACGUGCAAAUACACAAAGCAGUGUUUCAUAGACAAAACUCUUUUUAGUACCAGCUAGUUUUGAGAUAUACCUGUUUUGGCCCUUUACCUCCAUAAGCAUUUAAUAGGUUAUUAAAUUGUUUUGGUGGUUUUUACAAAUGGACAAAUGAGACUUCCAGAUUCCUUUUUAUUGCAUUUAAAAUUCUUUUUUUUCUGUUUAUUAAUAAUGGAUUAGUAAUUACUUUUCAUUAUUUUGCAAACUCAAGUCUUUUGAUCGUAGGGAGAAGUAGGAUAUAGGAUAGAUGCUAAGACGCUGCUACUGUUUACUUACUAGAACGGACAAAUGCUCCUUAUUCACUAUCAUGGAGGCAUUGGGAAGUUUAGAGGCCUGGGAUGCAUCUGGUGGCUGUAACCUUUAAAAUAACAAUACUGAUUGGUUCACCCUAAUUGUGCACAUGGGUUGGGAAAACAUUAGGCUCUUUAAAGAAGCAAAACAAAAUACAAGUUACAGAGCAGGGAGAAAUUCAGUGAAUGUUUCUUGCUGCUCGUAUUCACUACCAUUAUGUUAUUCUGACAAGAGAGUGAGAAAGUGGUUUUCCUUAUGGGGUCAUCACAAGCCAUUAGUGUUUGCUGGAAUAGAUAAAAACUGUUGGUUGAGCUUCCAAGGGUUAUUGUGGACCCAACAGGUUUUCAGAUGAACACCAACGGAGAUCAUUUGGCAUUUAGCUGUGAUGUUGCCAAAGAAUGUGAUGUCCAAAAUACAUUUGAAAAGAUGGAGAAAAAUUUAGGUCGAGUUAAUUUCUUGGUAAAUGCAGCUGGAAUUAACAGGGAUAGCCUUUUAGUAAGAACAAAAACUGAAGAUAUGGUAUCCCAGCUUCAUACUAACCUCUUGGGUUCCAUGCUGACUUGUAAAGCUGCCUUGAAGACUAUGAUUCAACAACAGAGAGGAUCUAUUGUUAAUGUAGGAAGUAUUACUGGUUUAAAAGGCAAUUCUGGCCAGUCUGUGUACAGCGCCAGUAAAGGAGGAUUAGUUGGGUUUUCACGUGCUCUUGCUAAAGAAGUAGCAAGAAAGAAAAUUAGAGUGAAUGUGGUCGCACCAGGAUUUGUUCAUACAGAUAUGACGAAAGACCUGAAAGAAGAACAUUUAAAGAAAAUUAUCCCUCUUGGGAGGUUUGGAGAACCUAUUGAUGUGGCACAUGCGGUUGUGUUUCUUUUAGAAUCACCAUAUGUUACAGGGCAUGUUCUGGUAGUGGAUGGGGGAUUACAACUCAUGAUAUAAUUUACAGAUUAUUCAGUUAAAAUAGUGAUUAUAAUCAAAGACACACUUGGGCUGUUGAUUUAUUUGUAUUUGGGCUGUUGAUACCUACAUGGGUGACAUUUGCUAAUCAAACUUAUUGAUGCUACAAAUGCUGUUUCC